AUGGCCGACUCCAACUACCAAAACUGGACCAAGGACCAGCUAGUCGAGCGCGUCAGGGAACUAGAACAGCAACUGCAGAGACAACACCCCCCCACAGACGGGUCAAAACCGCAACACAAACAAGCCAAGACCAAACCGUCAUCCCCGACCACAACCCCUGCGCCAUCACAACCAGGUACAGCAACAACAAGAACAGCGCCAGCCGGGACAGAAAAGAAGGAAAAGAAAAAAAAGAAGUCGUCGUCGAAGCUCGACCCGUCCAAGUACUCGACCCGGCUCGUGGCGCUCAAGCUAGCCUACCUUGGCAAGCGUUACGGCGGCUUCGAGUACCAGGCCGGCGUGGCUGUGCCGACGGUCGAGGAGGCGCUGUGGCGGGCGCUCGUCAAGAGCUGCCUGAUCUGGCCCGACGACCCCGACAAGGUCGACUUUGCGCCCUGGGACUACUCCAAGUGCGGCCGCACGGACCGCGGCGUCAGCGCGGAGGGUGAGGGCGAGGGCGAGGGGGAGAGGGAUGGAGAUCGGAAACCAGUGUGGGAUCCGGUUGCCGACGAGAUCAAUUACCCGCGCGUGCUGAACCGGCUGCUGCCGCCGGAUAUCAGGGUGCUGGCGUGGGCGCCGACGCUGCCCGAGAACUUCUCGGCGCGCUUCUCGUGCUGGGAGAGGCAGUACCGGUAUUUCUUCACGCAGCCCGCCUUUACGCCGCUGCCUGCCACGAUGGAUCCGGACGAGAAAAGAGAGGCCAAGGAAGGGUGGCUGGACAUUGACGCCAUGCGGGAGGCGGCCAAAUUGUUCGAGGGGGUGCACGACUUUCGGAACUAUUGCAAGGUUGACGGGGCGAAGCAGAUCACUAACUUUCAGCGAAGGGUGUUUGAGGCGGAUAUUGUCGAGGUUGAGGAUACCGGCUCGGCGCUGCCCUACCUGAGCCAGUCCGACUUCAGACCCGAAGGAUUGAGAGGUGAGGGCACGUACCCCAAGGUAUACUACUUCCACGUCCGCGGCUCGGCGUUUCUGUGGCAUCAGAUCCGACACAUGGUCGCCAUCCUGUUCAUGAUCGGCCAGGGGCUGGAGAAGCCGUCGAUCGUCACAGAGCUGCUCGACGUGGACAGGCACCCGCGGAAGCCAAACUACACCAUGGCCGACGAGGUACCGCUCGUGCUGUGGGACUGCAUUUUCCCCAAGGUUGACGAGGCCAUGUCCAAGAAGGCGGCGGUCGAGGUGCACAACCCGGACGUCGAGGGCAAUGCCAACAUGCAGGACGGCAUCGACUGGGUCUGGCUGGGCGAGGACAAGCCAUCGCACCUGCACGGGCCCAGCGGGAUGGUGGACCAGCUGUGGGAGUGCUGGCGCGAGCGCAAGAUGGACGAACUUCUGGCGAACCAGCUGCUGGAUUCGGUGGCGCGCAAGGCAGACCUCAGUCGGAGGCUAGCCGAGUCGGGUUCGCCCGAGAAGCCGAGCAGCAGCCAGCGGGUGUUUGAGGGUGGCAACACGGCCAAGGCGUCGGGCACCUAUCUCCCUGUGCUCAAAAAACAGCUACUGGCGACGCCGGAAGAGGCCAACGACAAGUGGGCGAAGAGCAAGGGAUUUGCCAGCGCCGAGGAGCUGGCCAAAACGAAAAACUGGCGGAGCGUCAUCAAGGCAAACAAGAGCGCCGGCGCACUAGACAGCAGCGCAGACAGAUAA